UGUGUGUGUGUGUGUGUGUGUGUGUGUGUGCACAUGCCUGUGUGUAAUCAGUGUCAUGGCGGGCAGCAUCAUGUCGGCUCGUUGUCGAGCGUCUCUUCUGUCCCUCUGCCUCCUCGGUUGCUUCCUUCUGGUCCUCAGUCAAGGUCAAGUGUUUCAGGCUCCGCCCACACACAACGUCUUCCUGCGGUCACGACGGGCCAAUCAGUUCCUGGUGGAGGAGAUCCUGCAGGGGAACCUGGAGCGCGAGUGCUACGAGGAGCUGUGCAGCUACGAGGAGGCGCGCGAGUACUUCGAGGACGACCAAAAAACGAUCUCCUUCUGGACCGUUUACUACGAUGGCGAUCAGUGUCAGCCCAACCCCUGCCUCCACGGGGGGAACUGCACAGACAAAGUGGGCGGGUUCAUCUGCUCUUGCUCCGCCCCCCACUACGGUCAGGCCUGUGAACUGGGAGACCAGCCCCCCACCGCGCCGCAGAUCAACGCCGCAGAACUGUCCGAGUGUCCGACUGAAGGUCCCGCAGCGUGUCACCAGCUGUGCAUGGCGUCCUACCACUCCUUCAAGUGCUCCUGCCUGCCGGGAUUUAAACUACAGACCGACGGGCGCACGUGCCUGCCUGAAGUUGAGUUUCCCUGCGGGCAACUUCCCGAAGACUUCAACACAACUGCAUCAAUCUGUCGCCAUGGAAACUGUCCCUGGCAGGUGUCCCUGUUGACCAGAAAGGGGGAGGAGCUUUGUGCUGGCGUGGUGCUGGGUCGACGGUCCGUCCUGACCGCCGCCACCUGCCUCCACCCGGAGUCCGAGCGAGUAUCCGACCUCCGACCGUCAGACUUCUUCGUCCGAGCUGGCAACAGGAAGCUGGUCGUCGCCGUCAGCGCUCUCUAUGUCCACAACCGUUUUCGUACAACUCACCACGACAACGACCUCGCCCUCCUGGAGCUGUCCCGCCCUCUAACCUUUGGCCCCGCCCUCAUCCACCUCUGUCUGCCCACUAAAGACUUCUGUGAGAACAUCCUGAUGCAUUCUGGGAGGACGGGCAUCGCCAAGAGACGGGGCGUCAGUCGGACAGAGGAGCUGGUCUACAUGAUGCUGGACGAGUGUCGCGGUCAGAUGAACGUCUCGCAUCUGCUCAGCAACAAAAUGUUCUGCAUGAAGGCGCUGAACGAGCCGCCAGCGAGACACGCCGCCGCCAAGAGGAGUCUGAAGGGAAAUCUAACGGGGACGCGAGGGAAACCAGAUCGACCUGUGAGGAUCCAAAAUGGCAGCCAGGAGGGGCUAGGUGGACGUCAAACCCAGAGGGGCGGAGGGACGCCAAACGAAGCAGAAACGUUAAACAACAUCAGUCUGCAGCUUCAAAAUGAGCCUUCAAUGUCUGACGGCCGUAAACAGUCGGACAUCAGCAGGCGGUGUGGCGGCCUGUUGCCGGGGACGCCGGUUGCUACGGUGGAUCGAGGGACAGUGUUUGUGACCGGGCUGCUCAUGUCAUCGUCGGCCCGUUGUGACAGCGGCGGUCUAGUGUUCACAAAACUGUCCCGCUUCUUGAACUGGAUCAGACCGAGGGUGGAGGCUGCCGAGGAUUACAUGACCCCCCAAGUCAGCCAAUACCCUGAGACUGACUAACAGGCCGCCAUCUUUAAACGCUCUGUUAACGUUUAAUUUGUGUUCAAAUUCAAUUUCACAUUAAAAACUAAAGAACAUCUGAA